UUUUUCUGUUAGCAUAUGCACUGAGCAAAGGAUGCAUGGUCGACCUGGACACUAGUCUCGAAGAGCUUUAUUGCACUGUGAUAGAAGAAAAGGCCAACAUGUACCACGACAAAGUCGCCAGGACCACCUAUGCCGAGUUUGCUUAUGGACAAGUCAAUAAAUUGAAAAAAGAGGCCUUGGCUGAGUUGGAGAGGAGGUGGUUAGAUCUGCAACAGCAGACGGCUAUGGCGCAAAAAGAUCUUGGCGACAAAUUCGCCCUCUUAGCUCUGCGAGAGAUGCACAUCUCAACCAAGGAAAAUAUACUUAGGCACGCAUUUUACGACAUCAAGAAGGAAAAAGAAAAACUGGAAAAGGAAGGACGAAAACGCCGAAGAGAAGAAAGCAUUGAGGAGCUGGACAGUCUCUGUAAGAGUUUCGGCAAGAGGCACUGUUAGAAGGUCAUCAAAGAACU